AUGGUUGCUCCCGCUCAUUUCGUGGACGUCAUUAUUGUCGGUGCUGGCCUCAGCGGCCUUCGUGCAGCGACUGAGCUCCACUCAGCUGGACUCUCUUACGUUGUUCUCGAAGCAGAGGAUCGGGUUGGAGGAAAGGCACUUUCUGUUCCUGCAAGCUCCAACGGAACCGGUCUGGUCGACAUGGGGGCUGCCUGGAUCAACGAUAGUAAUCAGUCUGAGAUAUUUGCCUUGGCUGAGGAGUUUGACUUUGAUCUUAUUGUGCAGAGGGCUGAAGGUAACUCUCUCUUCCAGGAUGAGGAAGGUAAAGUCACGUCGAUUGAAUACGGGUUGCCUGGUGCCCUUACGGACGAGCAACUCAAAGAGGCCCAAGCUCUCAUGGCCAAGCUAUCGGAGUAUGUCGACCGAUCUGAUCUUCAGAACCCUCAUCUUGGUCCUGAUGCCAAGCGCCUCGACUCUUUGACCGCCCUAGAGUUUGCUGAGGAAGAAUUCGGAACUGAUCUAUCUAAGAUGCUGGUCACUACCUUGACUAGGGCGAUUCUUGGUGUGGAUGCAGACGAGCUCAGUGCACUAUACCUUAUUGACUAUGUCAAGAGUGGUACUGGGUUAGGGAAUAUAUCGUCGGAUCUGAAAGACGGAGGCCAAUAUCUGCGAAACCGCCAGGGCAAUCAACACUUCUCAACGAAGCUGGCUGAAAAGCUCAGAAAGGGCAGCGUCAAGCUUUCCACCCCUGUCACUCGUAUUGCACAAUCCUCAAAAGGAUGCACAGUAGAGACCCGCAACGGACAACGGUUCUACUCCAAAAAGGUCAUCGUCUCGGUCCCGACAUCCCUAUACCCUCUCAUCGAGUUUCAACCCCAACUCCCGCGAGAGAAGAGAGAACUUGCCAAGUCUACUAAGCUGGGCUACUAUUCCAAGACUGUGCUUGUGUUUGACAGCCCCUGGUGGCGUGAGGCUGGUCUAUCUGGCGUUUUUACUUCGCCCAACGGUCCUAUUGUGUUUACUCGAGAUACUUGUGUCCCCGAGGAUGAGCAGUAUAGCAUCACCUGCUUUCAUGUUGGUGAGCCUGGGCGAAAAUGGUCCGCCUUGCCUGCUCAGGAACGACAAGACUCUGUCUUGAAGCAGUUUAAUGCCGCAUUUAGUGGCGUCGUUGAUCAUAUUCCCAAACCUAUCAGCAUUGUCGAGAAGGAAUGGACGAAGGACCACUGGUUCCAGGGUGCCCCUAACCCUGUUAUGUUGCCCGGUACUAUGACGGGAGCGGGAAAGUCUAUUCGUGCUCCUUUUAAGAAUAUUCACUUUAUCGGUACUGAGACGGCUUUUGUUUGGAAGGGAUAUCUGGAGGGAGCUGUUCGGUCUGGUGACCGGGGUGCCAAGGAGGUGAUCAAAGCGCUGGGCAAGCGGACAUAUAGUCUUUGA